AUGUUGCCUCGUUUUGCUCUAAUCUCUUUUUUGGCGUUGAUCCUCUUGAUGGCUAGCACCGGCUAUGCUUUUCCAACAAGUGAGAAGCGAGGUGACGGCGAUGGUACUGGCGAUCAAAGAAAACGUGAUGUGCAAGAUACAUGCCCUAAACCCGAUCGAGUUCUUCAAACCCUGUGGGAUGAUCUUUCCUAUGGUCCGGAUGACUGGGGCUGCCAUAAAGGAUCUUGUUGGUCAAGAUGUGCUGGUGCAGGCAGAGCUGCUAAGAGCUAUCUUAACCUCUAUGAAUGGUGCUACACAACCAAAGGUUCUUCACAAGAUUACAACUACGUCUCGUGUGAGAAAAACGAAGAUUGCUGUUCAACAUGGAGCUGUGCGGGACCAUGUGCAGCUUUUUAA